CGUUGCCGCUGCCAGAGAGCGCCGAGCUGCUGGCUGGACGGGACGGGACCGGCCCGGCUCCCUCCCUCCCUCUCUCUCUCUCUGCCCCCCCAUGGCUGCUGCUGCUUCGGCCUCUGAGCGCCGGGCCUUCGCCCACAAGAUUAACAGGACAGUGGCAGCUGAAGUGAGGAAGCAGGUGUCCCGGGAGUAUGGCGGCUCCCCACAGCUCUCCAAGAAGCGCAGUGGUUCCCAGCAGUCGGUCCCCCUGACAGAGGUGGUGGAGCCUGUGGACUUCGAGGACUUCCUGCUGACCCACCUCCCCGAAUCUGAGUCCGACUCGUUCAGGGAGCUCGUGGAGUUUCCGGCCGAUGAUAUAGAGCUGGUCCUGGAACCGCGGGAGUGCCGCACGACGGAGCCCCGAGUCCCCGAGGGAGGGAAGCUGGAUGCCCGGGCGGGCGACGCGGUGCAGAUUUACACUGAAGACUGGGUCAUCGUGCAGAGAAAGUAUCAACAUCUGAGCACGGCAUAUAACCCCAGCACUGCCGAGAAACAGAGGGAGCGGCAGAAGGGGCUGGUUCGGCAGGUCUUCGAGUUGGAUGAGGCCGGGGAUGACCGGAGCAGCCAGGAGGACUCGGAUGAUCUGAAACGCUGUUCGGCUUCCUUGGAUGACACCCCCCGGGGUAGUUGGGCCUCCAACAUCUUCGACCUGAAGAACUCGGCUGCCGACUCCCUGCUGCCCUCCCUGCUGGAACGCACGGCAGUGGAGGAGAUCGACCGGCGCAACGAGGAGCUGCGCAAACAGAACCGGCACCGGGACCUUCUGGCCCUUUAUCCUGCUCCCGACGAUGACGAGGCUGUGGAGCGCUGCAGCAUGCCUGAUCUUCCCAAGGAGCACUUUGGGCAGAGGAUCCUGGUCAAGUGCCUGUCCCUCAAAUUUGAGAUUGAAAUUGAGCCCGUCUUCGGGAUCCUCGCCCUGUACGACAUCAAAGAGAAGAAGAAGAUCUCAGAGAAUUUCUACUUUGACCUGAACUCAGACUGCAUGAAGGGGCUGCUCCGGACCCAUAUUGCUCACCCUGCCAUCUCCACGUUGGCCCGCUCCGCCAUCUUCUCCAUCACUUAUCCCUCCCCGGACAUCUUCUUGGUCAUCAAGCUCGAAAAGGUCCUGCAGCAGGGUGAUAUUGGGGAGUGCUGUGAGCCCUACAUGGUCAUGAAGGAGACGGAUGCUGCCAAGAACAAGGAGAAGUUGGAGAAGCUGCGGAACACCGCGGAGCAGUUUUGUAGCCGUCUGGGUCGGUACCGAAUGCCUUUUGCCUGGACGGCCAUCCACCUGGUGAACAUCGUCAGCAGUGCCAGCUCCCUAGAGAGGGACUCCUCUGACUCAGAGAGCGAGCGCAAGGGUACUUGGAAUGAGCGGAAAAGGAAGACAUUUGACCGGGUGAGCGUCGGGGAGGACUCAUGCAGCUUCUCCAGCUUCCGCCCAGCCACUUUGACUGUCACCAAUUUCUUCAAACAGGAAGGGGACCGGCUGAGUGAUGAAGACCUGUACAAGUUCCUGGUGGACAUGCGGAGGCCCUCCUCAGUUCUCCGGAGGCUGAGGCCUGUCACGGCCCAGCUGAAGAUUGACAUCUCGCCAGCCCCAGAGAGCCCCCACUUCUGCCUCUCCCCCGAGCUCCACCACGUGAAGCCCUAUCCUGACCCCCGGGUCCGCCCCACUAAGGAAAUCCUGGAGUUCCCUGCCAGAGAGGUCUACGUCCCUCACACCACCUACCGAAAUCUACUCUACGUUUACCCUCAUAGCCUGAACUUCAAUAGCCGCCAGGGGUCCGUGAGAAACAUCACUGUCAAAGUACAGUUUAUGGCUGGGGAGGACUCGAGUCAGGCCAUGCCUGUUAUAUUUGGCAAGUCGAGUUGCAGCGAGUUCACUAAAGAGGCCUACACAGCUGUGGUCUAUCACAACAAGUCUCCAGAGUUUUAUGAGGAAUUCAAGAUGAAGAUCCCAGCCAACCUGACUGACAACCACCAUCUGCUCUUCACCUUCUACCAUGUCAGCUGCCAACAGAAGCAGAACACGCCACUGGAGACUCCCAUUGGCUACACGUGGGUUCCCCUGAUGCAACAUGGCCGCCUGAGGACCGGCCCCUUCUGCCUGCCCGUGUCGGUGGACAAACCACCACCCAGCUACUCAGUGCUCACUCCAGAUGUUCAGCUUCCAGGAAUGAAGUGGGUGGACAACCACAAGGGCGUCUUCAACGUGGAGGUGCUGGCGGCUUCCUCGGUGCACCCACAGGACCCCCACCUGGAUAAGUUCUUCACACUGGUGCACGUGCUGGAUGACUCGACCUUCCCCUUCCGGCUGAAGGACGUGAUCCUGACCGAGAACAAUGUGGAGACGGAGCUCAAGUCGAGCAUUGGGAGCCUGCGCUUGGCCAGCAUGGAGCCGCUGGUGGCCUUCUCCCAUCACGUGCUCAACAAGCUCAUCCUGCUCAUCGUCCACCCACCCGUCAUUGGAGGCCAGAUAGUGAACUUGGGUCGUGGUGCCUUCGAAGCUAUCGCCCUGAUGGUCAGUCACAUCCACAAGAGCCUGGAAGGGAGCCAGGACCCUCAGGGCCGCAACCACCUGCUGGCCUCCUACAUCCACUAUGCCUUCCACCUGCCUAGCAUUGAGCCAGGCCCCCUGGGGAGCGCAGAUGACCCGUCGCCCCAGGGGGGCCUGAUCCAGUAUGCCACGCUGUCUCGGGCUACCGGGCGGCCCACCAGCCUCAACCUGUCCCGCUCCAAGAGUAUUAGCAACAGCAACCCGGAUCUGGCCACCACGCCAGCCUCCCCCGAUGAGGAAGUGCAGAAGAUCCUGGGCAGCAAGGGGAUCGAUCGCUCGCAUUCCUGGGUGAACUCUGCUUACGCUCCGGGUGGCACCAAGGCCGUCCUGAGGCGGAAUCACCCUAACUCCAACGCUGAUCUCAAACAGGCCACCGAGCGAGGUCCUAACCGCAUCUCUUCCUAUCUCGAGAGCUCCUCUUUCGUGCCGUCUGGCCAGCUGAGAUCUACAGCUAAAAAGCUGCUGCAUGAGGAGUUGGCCUUGCAGUGGGUGGUGAGUAGCAGCAACGUCCGUGAGGCCACGCUGCACCAGGCCUGGUUCUUCUUCCAGCUCAUGGUGAAGAGCAUGGCACAUCACCUGCACUUAUGUGAGCGCCUGGACACCCCCCGCAAGGUACGGUUUCCUGGCCGCUUCAUGGAUGACAUCGCCUCUCUGGUCAGCACCAUCGGUCUGGAGGUCACCAGCCGCUACCAGAAGGAUGCCGAGCUGGCAGAACGACUUAACACCAGCUUGGCUUUCUUCCUCAAUGACCUGCUCUCCCUGGUGGACCGUGGAUUCGUAUUCAACCUCAUCCGGGCCUACUACAAGCAGGUGAACAAUAGACUCCAGUCAUCCCAGAACCCCAACAGCCUAGUGGCUCUACGCAUGGACUUCAUCCGCAUCAUCUGCAGCCAUGAACACUAUGUCACCCUGAACCUGCCCUGCAGCCCCCUCUCCCCACCCGCCUCCCCCUCGCCCUCGGUCUCCUCUGCCACCUCCCAGAGCUCGGCUUUCUCCAGCCACGUGCAAGACCAGAAGAUUGCCAACAUGUUUGAGUUGUCCGUACCCUUCCGCCAGCAGCACUUCCUGGCUGGGCUGCUGCUGAUGGAGCUGGCUCUCAUUCUGGAGCCUGAGGCAGAAGGGGUGUUCUUCCUGCACAAAAAGGCCAUCAGUGCUGUGCAUAACCUGCUGUGCAGCCAUGACGCUGAUGCCCGCUACCUGGAGCCCGUGGUGAAAGCACAUGUAGCCCAGCUGUACCUGCCACUCAUCGGCAUUGUCAUGGACACCCUGCCCCAGCUAUAUGACUUCACAGAGAAUCCCAGUCAGCGGGGCCGGCUGGUGUCGGUGCUAAGCGAGGACGGGGAUGUGGAUACUGGCAGCACCAUCAGCCAGUCGGUGGCCAUGGCUAUUGCAGGCUCACCCCUGUCCCACGGACACCGCCCCAGCACCUUCCAGAUGCCUGCAGCCCAGCCGGUCCGCCAGGGCAGUCCGCUGUCAGCUGAGGCAAGUAAGAACCUGCUGGUGUGUGUGCUGUGGGUGCUGAAGAACAUGGACCUGAACGUCCUGCAGCGUUGGUGCGCAGACCUGUCCACGCUGCAGCUCAGCCGCCUACUCGACCUGCUGUACCUCUGCGUCUCCUGCUUUGAGUAUAAGGGCAAGAAGACAUUCGAGCGCAUCAACAGUCUGACUUUCAAGAAGUCUCUGGACAUGAAGGCACGGCUGGAGGAGGCCAUUCUGGGUACCAUCGGGGCCCGGCAAGAGAUGGUGCGGCGCAGCAGGGAGAGGAGCCCCUACGGAAACCAGGAGAAUGUGCGCUGGAGAAAGAACAUCACCCAUUGGCGGCAGAACUCCGAUAAAGUGGACAAGUCCAAGGACGAGAUGGAGCACGAGGCGCUGGUGGAUGGGAACCUGGCAACUGAGGCCAACCUGGUGGUGCUGGACACCCUUGAGGUCAUCGUGCAGACGGUCAUCCUGACAGAAGCCAAAGAGAGCGUACUGAGCGGAGUCCUGAAGGUGCUGCUGCACAGCCUGGGCUGCACUCAGAGCGCCCUCUUCCUACAGCACUGCUUUGCCACCCAGCGGGCCCUGGUGUGCAAGUUCCCUGAGCUGCUGUUUGAGGAGGACACCGAAUUGUGUGCUGACCUGUGCCUGCGCCUGCUCCGCCACUGCAGCAGCUGUGUGGGCACCAUCCGCACCCACGCCAGCGCCUCACUCUACCUUCUUAUGCGGCAGAACUUCGAGAUCGGGAACAACUUUGCCAGGGUGAAGAUGCAGGUGACCAUGUCGCUGUCGUCACUGGUGGGGACAACCCAGAACUUCAACGAGGAGCACUUGCGCCGCUCGCUCAAGACCAUCCUGACCUAUGCCGAGGAGGAUCUGGAGCUGCGGGACAGCACCUUCGCAGAGCAGGUUCAAGACCUCAUGUUCAAUCUGCACAUGAUUCUGACGGACACAGUAAAGAUGAAGGAACAUCAGGAGGACCCAGAAAUGCUUAUCGACCUCAUGUACAGGAUUGCCCGUGGCUACCAGAGUUCUCCAGACCUGCGGCUGACGUGGCUGCAGAACAUGGCGGGCAAGCACUCGGAGCGGGGAAAUCACGCGGAGGCCGCCCAGUGCCUGGUCCACUCGGCGGCCCUUGUAGCGGAAUAUCUGACCAUGCUGGAGGACUGCCGCUACCUUCCUGUUGGCUGUGUCACCUUCCAGAACAUCUCAUCCAACGUCCUGGAGGAGUCGGCCAUCUCAGACGAUAUCCUGUCCCCAGACGAGGAGGGCAUCUGCUCGGGAAAAUACUUCACAGAGCUGGGGUUGGUGGGGCUCCUGGAGCAGGCAGCGACCUCCUUCACUAUGGGUGGCCUGUACGAAGCUGUGAACGAAGUCUACAAGAUCCUCAUCCCGAUCCAUGAGGCCAACCGAGACUUCAAGAAACUGGCCACGGUGCACGGGAAGCUGCAGGAUGCCUUCAACAAGAUCACCAACCAGAGCUCUGGCUGGGAGCGGAUGUUUGGGACAUACUUCCGUGUGGGAUUCUACGGUUGUAAGUUUGGGGAUCUGGAUGAGCAGGAGUUCGUUUACAAGGAACCGUCAAUCACCAAGCUGGCAGAGAUUUCCCACCGCUUAGAGGAGUUUUACGCCGAGCGCUUUGGGGAUGAGCUGGUGGAGAUCAUCAAGGACUCGAACCCGGUGGACAAGGCCAAGCUGGAGCCUCACAAGGCCUACAUCCAGAUCACCUAUGUGGAGCCGUACUUUGACACCUAUGAGCUCAAGGACCGUGUGACGUACUUUGACAAGAACUACAACCUGCGUACUUUCCUAUUCUGCACGCCCUUCACGCUGGACGGCCGCGCCCACGGAGACCUGCACGAGCAGUACAAGCGCAAGACCAUCCUCACCACCUCCCAUGCCUUCCCCUACAUCAAGACACGCAUCAAUGUCAGCCACAAGGAAGAGAUCAUCUUGAUCCCCAUUGAGGUGGCCAUUGAGGACAUGCAGAAGAAGACACGGGAGCUGGCGUUCGCCACUCACCAGGACCCGCCCGAUGCCAAGAUGCUGCAGAUGGUGCUGCAGGGUUCUGUGGGCACCACGGUCAACCAGGGUCCCCUGGAGGUGGCUCAGGUGUUCCUAGCUGAGAUCCCCGAUGACCCCAAGCUCUUCCGGCACCACAACAAGCUGCGUCUGUGCUUCAAGGACUUCACAAAGAGGUGUGAAGACGCCCUGCGGAAGAAUAAGGCCCUCAUUGGGCCGGAUCAGAAAGAGUACCAGAGGGAGCUGGAGCGCAACUACAGCCGGCUGAAGGAAGCACUGCAUCCCCUCCUCAACCAGAGAAUCCCCCAGCUCUAUGCCCCGCUGAUUCCCCACACCAGCCACAGGAACUCCCUGAACAGAUCGAGUCUUCGCAAAAUCGAUGCCUAACGGGGAAGGAAGCAGGAACUUCUAAAUGCUGAACCAAAGCAGCCUUUGUGUGGGGGAACCAGACUUGGGAUGGGGGCCCUGAUCCAGCCUGAAACAUUCCACUCCCCACCCCUGGCCAGGGAAUGAUUCUGUUGCCCAAUUCCUUCAGUGCCUUCUGGUCUGUUGGAAGCACUGGACUGGGCAAGGACCGUUCCAGUCCCAAUGGCAGGAAUCCGAGCCUCAGGAAAUGUGGCGGGGGGGCAAGGGCCAAGGGAAGCCUUCUGGUGUGAGCAGCUAUAUGUGCACAUCUGUCCUAGCCGCUGACUGUAUCAGUGUUUUCAUUUUUUGCUUUUUUAUUUAAAUAAAAAAAGUUUCUUUUUAAGUGGCCA